AUUGAAAGGAGUCCCUGUUGUAAUUCGCCCUCCCGACCACCGGCAGCGCUGUGUAGGGUUGACCGUGAUUGGGUCAGGAGGCUGAACUCUGACCAUACAGGAAGUUCCGGGUCAGGCGGCCAUCUUGGCCCAAGGUGGGACCAUGCGGCCGUCAGGUCCCAUCAUUGCAAUCAGCUGUGCUGUUCUCAUCGAUUGGCUGACGUGAGGCAGCGUGCUGAUUGCAGGGGUGGGACUUGGCAGUAUUUAAGCAGUAUGGUUUUGCCAUUCGGCCCCCUGUCCUGAACUGAAAACACGUGCUGUGCUUUGUUGUUGUUUUGUUUUAUCAAACUGCUGUAAUUCACAGAAGCUUGAAACUUAAGGGACUUUGGUGGAUUGCCGCAGUGGAAGAAACCCAGGACAAGCCAGUAAUCCGUGGAAGGGGGCCAGGAGGCGGUGAGAGGAAACCCACUGCAGGAGCACAGAGAAACCCAGUGCUUCCUUUAUUGUUGUGUGUAACGGGACGUUUUUGUUUAUUCUUUUUAUUUGAAACCUGAGUUUACCAUCGCUGGUAUUCCAGGUGGUUUUCUUGUUUAUUUUCUGGAAUACUGGACUGUUCUAUUUUUGUUUGUUAAAAUAAAAUCCUGCCUGUACCAUUGAAGGUACAGGGCUCCAAGGACUAAACGACACUUCCGGCUCCUGUGUGCUGUCAUUUCUGGUCCUUCCCUAAAGCUCCACCCACUACCCUCCCACAAGGUGGUGUCAGAAGCGGGAGGAGCAUGGACCGGCACACCCUGCAAGCCGUCUUGGAGGAUCAGGAGAGACACCGUGACGGUGUAGAGCGGCGUCGGGAAGAACGGGAUGCUCAGAGGGAUGCUGAGCGUUCAGCCCAUCUGACCGCGAUGACUGACAAGAUGGCGGCCAUGUGUCUGGCCAUUCAGAACCUGGUAGUGGCCCAGGCCCAGGCCCAAGCCCAGGUCCCGGCCGCAGCAGCUGGACCAGCGCAGCCGACGCCCAAAAUCCGGCUGCAAAAGAUGACCUCAGAAGAUGACCCGGAGGCCUUCCUGACCACGUUUGAGCGGGUGGCUACAGUGUCAGGGUGGCCAGCCAGAUGUUGGGCGGCACAACUCGCCCCUUGUCUGACUGGUGAGGCGCAGGCAGCAUACCGGGCCCUGAGCAAUGUGGCAGCGGAGGAUUAUCCCCAGGUGAAGGCAGCUAUCCUCCAACGCCUCAAUAUCACUCCGGAAACGCAUUGCCGGCGUUUCCGGACCUACAAGCGUCCAGAGGGAACCCGGCCCCGCAUUGCGGCCCAGCAACUCUGGGACCAUCUGACCCGCUGGCUGCGUCCCACUGAACGGACCACCCAACAAAUCAUGGAGUCUGUGGGGGUCGACCAGUUCCUGGAGGUGUUGGAACCGGAGACUCGAGCCUGGGUCGCUCGCCACAGUCCCGAGACGAUGGACAAGGCCGUCGAACUGGCGGAGGCUUUCGAGGAUUCACUGCUUCGGGUGGACCCCAGUCCAGCCCCAGCAGUCCCAGUGAAGCAUCGCCCUUUACCAGCGCACCCAAGGACUGCAGCGAGGCCUUCAGUUUUCCCCGUCCCUUUGAGCGCCUCGACUCCAAAGUGGAGACCGAGGUUAGCUCCCAGCUGGGCCAGAGAGAAUCCCUGGACCCCCCCCCCCAGUGGUGGACCAAGGGACAAGCAGCCGUCUCCCACAGCGUUGCCUUCCCCUACCUGCUUCCGGUGCCAUGAGGUGGGACACAUCGCGAGAUUCUGUCCUGCCGCAAUGGAGUGUGACGUGGCCUUGCGAUGUCCGGACGCAGAGGGUGAAGCUUGAAACUUAAGGGACUUUGGUGGAUUGCCGCAGUGGAAGAAACCCAGGACAAGCCAGUAAUCCGUGGAAGGGGGCCAGGAGGCGGUGAGAGGAAACCCACUGCAGGAGCACAGAGAAACCCAGUGCUUCCUUUAUUGUUGUGUGUAACGGGACGUUUUUGUUUAUUCUUUUUAUUUGAAACCUGAGUUUACCAUCGCUGGUAUUCCAGGUGGUUUUCUUGUUUAUUUUCUGGAAUACUGGACUGUUCUAUUUUUGUUUGUUAAAAUAAAAUCCUGCCUGUACCAUUGAAGGUACAGGGCUCCAAGGACUAAACGACACUUCCGGCUCCUGUGUGCUGUCAUUUCUGGUCCUUCCCUAAAGCUCCACCCACUACCCUCCCACAGUAUGUUUUCGGUGGCUGCCUCGAAUCAU